CAAACGGCGGGCACGGGCACGGGCACCUGCUCCCUCUCUCCCCUCCCCAAUCCUACGGAGAAUGGGAGCGAGCCAUUUUUCUUCCUGUUUACAAUCAAGAACCAAAACUUCCAUCAAACUUCUGUGGGGAUCUUUUCCCCGCAUUUCUAGGCCUCCCGCCCGAUUCCGCUAUACGCCCCUCUCCCGCAUCCGCCCAAUCUGUUGAUUUGGAGAUCCGCAGCAGCUCCGGAUAGAUUAGAUAAACAAAAAUCGAGGGUUCUUGCUACCAAUCUACCAAUCUGCAUACUAGGCUGAGAGCAUCGUGAUUAUUGCAGAACUUUGGCUCGUCGGCAAAAUUUUGUUGGGAGAAAAGGUUCCAUUUUAUGGAACCUGACGUUGGCAUGAGUAACCAAGAUUGCAGGAUUGCUGUCUCCUCGUUUAUUAUCUGGUGUGAUUUGAGCAUCUUUGUGCCGCACUGAUGGGAGCUUCACAGGACAGGUCGGGCCUUUGAGCAACCUACAUGCAAAUUGUCGGUGCCCUGAUCUUUCAUGGCUGCGAAAGCUCGUGCGAGGCCGCGAGACUCUUCGCGGAAAUUCUGGUUGGUCCUGUGCCAUGCGUUGAGCGAGUGCUUCCUCAUCGUAAUGCUCCUUGUGGUCGCCGUGGUUUCAUAUACCGCUACGAGGUUCGCGCGCAUCUGCAGGAUCCGGUCACCGUGCAUGCUCUGCUCCAGAUUGGACAAGGUUCUACAUGGCAAGGCCUGGUUCUCGGAGGAGCUGAUUUGUGCAGCACACAGGGUGGAAAUCGCGCGUUUAUCGUAUUGCCAGAUUCACAGCAGGCUCGCACAUUCUGAUGAUCUAUGUGGAAAGUGCUUCCUUUCAUGCUCUGGACCAGUUGAUAAGCCAGGUAACCCAACAAGUAUGAGCAUUAAGGAGGAGGCAGAUUCUCGGUCGGAGUCUACGCACACACAACGAUGUUCUUGUUGUUCAGAGCCAUUCAAGAAGAGACGUAACGCAGACAAGCUAUUUGAGGAGGUGAACGGCAGGUCCCAAAAUGAUGGCAUGAGCAGGGUGAAGGAGAGAAGCAUGGGCAUGGCAAGUGUUGGGCAUUCUUCGGAUGAGGAUUUUGAUCAAUUGCCUUACGGAGGCUACAAACAGCUACAUGCCUGUCGUGGCUCUCACUCCGAGAUACAUAUCUCAGAUGAUGAUGUUGGCGGCGAUGCAAAGCCUUGUGAAGCUAAACGUCGAACCAGAGAUAUCGACGAGCACUUGAAAGCUGUGCCUGAGCAAGUUCGUCAGGAGCUUCCAAAAGAGAAAACUUUUCUGGUUGGUAUUGAGGAAGUCGGCGAUUCGGAGGGUGUUUCUCGAAGCCCUGACGAUGAAGCUACAGAGGCUUUUGCUGCUUCUGCAUCUGACGGCGCCCGUUCAACUACAAACCAUUAUAUCAACCGCAACAGUAGCAUGAAGAAUGCUCCUGGUGGUAGAGGCAAUCUUAGAUCUCCUCGAUGGUCUGAAGUAAUCUCCGCUAAGGAAACCAAUUCAACAACACACGAAGAAGUGAAGACAUUCAUGUCCCAGUUAUCUUCUGCGCGAGGCCUUGAUGGUCCUUGGAGUGAGGUGGCUGCUAGCCCCAGAAUCAGCAUACAGAUUGAUGAGUACAAUCAAUCUGAUGGCCCUGAUGGCAGACAGUUCCUUGAUAUGGAACCAUCUGAUGGCAAUGUUCCAACUGAAGCUGAAGGUGAAAUCUCCCUUGAGUCCCUGAAGCAGCAAUGUGAGCAUAACAAGAAAAAACUAAGUAUCCUUUAUAAAGAGCUCGAGGCAGAACGGAGUGCUUCGGCUGUUGCAGCAAGUGAAGCGAUGGCUAUGAUCAACAGGUUGCAAGUGGAAAAGGCUGCAAUGCACAUGGAGGCGCUGCAGUAUCUCCGGAUGAUGGAAGAGCAGGCGGAUCAUGACCAAGAAGCAAUUGAAAAGUUAAAUGACUUGCUUACAGAAAGAGAGAAAGAAAUGCUUGACCUGGAAGCUGAACUCGAAAGUUAUGAGAGCAGGUUCCGCAUCGAACCAUUUGAUCUUGGAAAGUUUGAUGCCGUUGAUGGAGAUAUGGCACUCAGGGUCUUGGAUAACUCAGAUUUUGUAAGGAAUACCAUCUUUGAUUUUGAAGAUGAGAAGGCCAAAAUUUUGGAAUCCUUGAGCAAAUUGGAAGAAACACUUGGCAUGCCUUACACAAAUAGAUUUGAUUUGGGUGGCACAAGUGAUAGCCUGCAGAGUGGGUCACUGAGAGAUCAUCCAAUUGAUGGGCCUGCCCAGCAUGUAAAAAACUCAGAAUUGGAAUGUCGGAGCUCUCUAUUGCCUCAGGAGCAAUUGAACGACGAAUCACACUUGAAUGAUGAUUCACUGAGAGAUCAUCCAAGUGAUUGGCCUGGCCAACAUGCAGAAAACUCAGAAUUGGAAUGUCGGAGUUCACUAUUGCCUCAGGAAGACUUGAACGAUGAAUCACUGAGAGACCAUCCAAGCGAUGGGCCUGGCCAAUAUGUAGAAAACCCGGAACUGGAAUGCCGAAGUUCACUGUUGCCUCAGGGAGACUUGAAAGAUGAAUCUGUCUCUUUACAACGAAAUGAUGAAAAUCAAUCUGUUGAGAACCAAAAAUAUGUUGGCUCAUGUUCGCGCUCAGAUGACGAUAAAAUUAGUUCCAUGGAAAGCAUCAAACAAGAAAUUUUGCUCUUGAAUAGUAGAUUCAUGGCACUUGAAGCAGAUCAGAAGUUUCUCAGGCAGAUAUUGAGUUCUCUUAAAUGUAGUAGUGAUGGAGAACAAUAUGUGCAGGAGAUAACUAGUCAUUUGCGGGAGCUGCGAAGAAUCGUUACCGAGCAGAGAGAUAGGACAGUUCUAUGAGCUCAAAAUUAUUCAGCAUUCAGAAGGUAAUAAUAGGCCAUAGUUGUAGGCCAUCUGCUGGCAAUGAGUUUGAGAACAUGCUGUGGAAAAUCAAAAUAUGUAGUAUAGCUUAUAGGAUGUGUAUCAGCAUAGGUUGAUGUUCAGGAGACCUUAUGCAUUGUAAGAGGUCCACCAAAUGUACUGCAAAAUAUCUACUGAAAUUAUAGGCUUAGGUUGAUUCUUCCAUCAGAGUGCCUCGCAGUCUUUAACCUCACACAGGACACAUCUCACCGUUUAUCAGAGAGGUGUAUCUUUCAGACUUUCAGUCACUUGGUGUCAUAUAAUGUGAUCCUUAGUGCUCUUUUUUUUUCUUGUAACCGACAGCAA